CUCCUGCCACCGCUUUGUCGAAUCAAUAACCACCUCAAAGAAUGUCUCUUGACAAUUAGCGGGUACUUUGGUGAUAAGAUAGCCUUGUGCGCAAUUCAGAGAUUCCUCGCUAGAGUGGCACGAUAAUCAACAUCUGGGAUCUCUGGGUGUCGAGUCAGCAACUAUCUCAUCUUCCCAGGACGGUCGAUGCCUCGGGCACUGGUGAAGCGAAAUCUCCGCUCAAUAUCAAUUCUGUCAGGCCUGUUGUCCAACAAGAGCAUGGAGAAUGGAGGCAUGCCGAUUCGAAACUAUGUGCCAUCAAAUCCUGACGGCCCAUUUCCUUACUCAACUGCAGACUUGACACCUCAAGAUGCCGGAAACGACUCUCAUUUUUAUGCCGCUCCUCGGUUUGUGACGCAUAUUGACGACAACGCCAUCAAUACCCUUCGCAAGUAUUACCAACAAGUCCUGCCUCGGAAGGGGCGAAUUCUCGACUUCUGCAGCAGCUGGAUCUCACACUACCCGCAAGUCGUGGUGCAGGCGGCAUCUGCGGGACAUCUCGAAGUGCUGGGAUCGGGCAUGAACGAGAGAGAACUCGAUAAAAACCCGGUACUGACAUGUCGGUCUGUUCAGGAUUUGAACCAAGAUCCCGAGGUGCGACUGGCUGGGAGUGAUGUCAGCCAGCUCGACGCCGCCACUUGCGUAGUAUCCAUUGACUAUCUCACGAAGCCAGUAGACGUCCUGAAAAGUAUUCGACGGCGAACAAAGUCAGGGGGCAAAAUACACCUCGUCAUCUCAAAUCGAUGUUUCCCGACGAAGGUGGUGGAUCGGUGGCUCAAGGUGAACGAAGAUGAGAGACUGAACAUGGUCGGCGACUAUCUGUGGUGGAGCGGCUGGAGGAACAUUGAGAUCCAGACGCUGGUUGAAGGCUCAUUCAUGCACGAUCCUCUCUGGGUCGUAAGAGCAGAGAAUGAGGGUGAGGAUGUUUGAGAGUCCGCAAGGCUGAGCAGAAGGAAUGGCAGUGAAUUCCUUGAUUGGCUGGGAGGGUGACUACACGUCCCGGAAUAACAUCGGCAGCACGCGGCAAGGCUGUGAAGCCUCAACGGAGUUUUAACGUUGUUGGUGCCUGAAGAUCGCCGAAUCAAGACUCACGAAGUCGUCAGGCGACGCGUCGUUG